AUGACAUUAGUACAAUUUGUUUUUUAUGUGGGUUGGAUGAAAGCCGCUGAAGUUCUCUUAAAUCCAUUGGGUGAAGACGAUGACGAUUUUGAAGGAAAUUUUCUUAUCGAUAAAAAUUUAGCUACAGCGCUAUGCGUUGUUGACGAUUGCCGCGACGAUGUGCCAGAUAUAAAAGCCGAUCAGUUUUGGAAAACCGGACAAGUUGAUCAAAUAUAUUCGCAAAUAUCAGUUAAUGAUGAGAUUCAUCCAUUGGUUGGCUCAGCUGUUAAUGCGAGGCUCGAUUUUUAA